AGGACCCGCGGGGAGCCGCCGGCCGGAGGGCUUGGGAAGGCUGCAUCCGAGCAGAAGCAGCAGCAGGAGCAGCAACAGCGGCAGCAGCAGGUGUGGAGCGACGACGAGGAAGGCUGGUCCAGGCGAGAGGGAGAGAUCUUCACCAUCAUGGGGCGAGUCACCACACCCAGCGGCAGAGACCUGGAAGACUCUGCGGACUUGGCAGCACAGUUCCAGUCGUCUGUGAGCAUUGGCGACCACGCCUUCUCACAAAUGGAGGAGGACAUUGACAAGCAGAGGCUUCUUGGGGGUCAACCGGCCUAUGCCACGGCCGACCCCGAGACUGCCUCCAUGACCUCUGACCUCCAGCACAAGCAGAGGUAUGAGAGGCUCCUCCGCCGUGCCAAGACUGAGGAUCUGAGUGAGGUCUCUGGAAUUGGGUGCCUCUACCAGUGUGGGGUUGACAAGUUUGGCCGUCCCGUCAUCAUCUUCAUCGGCAAGUGGUUCAAAUUCAAUGAGAUCAAUCUGGAAAAGGCCAUCCUUUACCUGAUCUAUCUACUAGACCCCUUGGUGCGUGGCGACUAUGUGAUCGUCUACUUCCAUACUAUCACCACCACAGAGAACCAUCCCUCGCUUGCUUGGAUCAGGGAGGUCUAUGAGGUCCUCGAGUAUAAAUACAAGAAGAACCUCAAGGCCUUCUACAUUGUUCACCCAACCCUCUGGACCAAAAUUAUGACUUGGUGGUUCACUACUUUCAUGGCUCCACAGAUCAAGCAUAAGGUUCACUCUGUUCCUGGCGUUGAAUACCUGUAUGACAUCAUCGAUCAGGACCAGCUGGAGAUCCCCGCAUACAUCACAGAGCAUGAUAUGACAGUCAAUGGAAUUCGCUACUACAAGCCAGGCUCGGCAUCCUCUUGAAAAGCUUUGAACUCCUUUGGAAAUCCAGAGAUGGAAUGAGGAAAGAUGCUUCUUGUUUUUUAUUUUUUAUUCUUUUCUUCUUUUUCUGUUAAUGAAUCUGUAGUGUGUGACAUGCAAUAAUGAUGAUAAUUAUAAAAUGAAUGAAAAAUCAGGAAUAAAAAAGAACAAAAUAUGCCGAGAAGGAAGAGAAGUGGAGCAAGGAUUUUUCAGCGCAGUAUUGAUGUACGAUAGUUGGCAUUUUGAUCACAUUUUCUCAUUCUUCCACUGUGGAGAAAUAUUUUACGUUGUUUUUACAAAGAGCUUUGUGCAGUGAUGUAACAUAUCUUAGCACUACACUUUAGAUUGUGGCCUUGUUUUAAGAGAAAAGUAAUUGAUAGUAAUAAUAAUAAUAAUCAUAACAAUAUAUCAUACUGUAUAUGUAAAAAUAAGUCAUGCCUGAUUACUCCUUGAUCAAGGUAGAUAUUACAUGCACUAUUCAUGUCCUUUCAAGAUAGUAGAGUAGAAAUCAAAAUAUAUGGAAGAUAUAGAAAGCAAAGCGUAAAUGUAGAGAAAAGAAAUCCAUCUUUUUCUCUCUCUCUCGGGUUGGGGGAGCAUGUGUUUUGUAUAUACCAUUAACCUAUUUUUACUGGCAAUAUACCCAUUGCUCAAUAACUUACCAAGGAGUCUCCUUACCUCCACCCCUUACCCUUUAACCCCUUCUCCCCCUUUCUCUCUAAGCUUCCCUGACAUGAGCAGUAAUAUCUUUUUUCUGUGGUGUACAUAAAGACUAAACAAUCAAGGUGUUUGUCAGUGAAUUGAGGAUGCAAUCAACAUAUCUCUCUUGUAUAUGUACGUAUGUGCGUUUGAUGGAGCCAUGUUUGGUGUUCCAAAUUUUUUUUCUUUUCUCUUUCUUUUCCAAUUGUCAUGGCAUUGAUUAAAACCUUGUUAGAGAUGGAGUGGUUUAUGUUUGUUUUCCUUCAUCUUUUUUUCUUUCUUUCUUUUUUUAGUUUUAUUGUUUGCUUAUGCUUCUGUCUGUUCUUGCUGUUUCUCAAGUUUUUACAUAUUUUUCUUUAAGUACACCGUUUUUGAUGACUUUACAAGAGACAGUGGCUUUUGAAAGAAUCUUCUCAUUGUUGAACACUUAUGUGCUUUGCAGAUUAAAUGUUACAAGGCUUUCCAGAAUGUCUGUGUUGGCAUGUACUUGCAUAUGUGCAUUUUGAGAGAGGGAAUGAAGGAGGACAAGGGAGAGUGAAAGUGAAGAAGAAAGAAGGGAGUGAGUGAGUGAAAGAGUCAUUGGUGAGUUGAAGAGGAAGAGAGAGAAAGAAGAAGGAGAGAAAGUGAGAGCGUGUCUUGAAUGAGUAAAUACAACCAUUUGGAUCUGGACAAAGAAUGAAAGAAUUUGCAUGUAACCUUGUACCCUUUAAAUUGUAGAGCAUAUCUAAGUAUCUUCUCUGUAAAGUUCAGCGACACAAUACACUGAAAGUCACUGUGAAAAACAUGAGAUUUUUGUAAAUUAAGGAGAUUAACAAUCAAAGAAAUAAGACAAUAAUAGAUUUUUUUCUUGUCUUUAUUUACAAAGAAAUUCACCCAAGUCAUGUUAUUUGCUUCCAAGAAAAGUUGCAUUUAUUUAUUAUUAUUUUUUUUUUUUUUCACUUAUACAUAUAUUUUGUCGAAGCCUUAUUUACAGAUGUUCUGUACUCUCUUAUUUUUUUGUUUUCUUCAUUCCCAUUUUUAGCAUGAAUUAUUAAUAUAAGAAGAGAUCAAGUAAUAUGAUAUAUAGUAAAGUGUGAUCAAGUUUAAGGGGAGCACUGGAGUAGAACAUACAUAUCAUUGAAUUAAUAAUAAGAAAGAGAAGGAAAACAUUAAUUGAAUACAAACAAAUAUUCCCAAUCAUGGUUUAUCCAGUUCUCACUGUUGAUGCCAAAAAUCCUAAAAGCAUCUUAUGUGAUCCCUCCUAUACAGAAUUUUGAAGUUUAUUAUAUGUAAUUAACUUCAUUCAGUAUGAAUAUCUAGUUAGAAGAAAGGGUAAGAUUUUUUUUUUUUUUUUUUAAAUGCUGUAAGUUCCAGAAGUAAUAUUUUGAGGCUAGGAAAUCAGAGCCAUAAAUCAAUCAUUACUUGGACAACUGUUUUGACAUUUGUGUGCCUUUCUCUGCUGCUUUUGGUUGUUUAAUCAGUCAGAGAACCUGUAUGACAUCCAGCCUGUACAGAAUACCAUUUUGAUGAGGUCUUUAUGGUUAGUAAGUGUAGGUAUCAGGAGGCACCACCUUCAUUGCAGACAGGUAUUAUAUUAGGAUUAUAUUUAUUACUGUCUGGAGCCUUGAGUUCCUUUUAGGUGUCUCAUUUACCAGACCUUCUCAUGUGGAAUCUUGGAUAAAUACAAGUUCAUGGAAAUGAGCUUCUCAGAUGUUGGAUGUGUAUCCUCAUGCGAUGAUAUCAGUUGGUGAAGUAUAGCAUAAAUUGCUUUCUUCAGUCUCAUGGUCAUUGCUCACAUUAUGGCCUUUCCAUAUUACUGACAACUGGCUAGGGAUGUCUUUGAAAAUGUGUGUAAAACCAAGAAUGCUAUGUAUACCUAGUCUUCUUACCAGUCUUGGUGGUGACAGAUUCACUGGCUAUCCUCCUCUCCAUGUGAUUAUAUUCUUUGGUAACAAGAUGUUCUUUAUAAGAGCCUUGUUCUUCAUUUAAUCUACAGAGAGCUUUGUAUACAUUCAAGUCCUUGUCAUCAACAAAGAGUGACCAGAGUAGCACCACACACUGUCUCCAUGUGAGCUGUAAUUUGAUGUGACCUCUGUAGUAAUAGUGUGUAGGUAUUAAUAACAAAACAAAUACCAAAGGAAAGUUUUAACAUUUGCAAAAGUUCCUACUUAAAAGUUCUCUGCUAAAAAGUCCUUUGUGGGACAGUGUGUCCUGCUCCAGUUGUGAGGCAAAAAUAAUCUUUCAUGACAUUUUAACAUGAUAAGAGCCUUUGUGGAAAUUGCUGGCUUUGAAACUAUGCCACAUUCAUGGAGAAGCAUCUUUUAAGAGUAGAUUGUGAUUUUGGCAAGAAGGAUAUGUUCUGGUAUCUGAGAUACAGCUGUGGGUUUUUGGUAUGGGAAGGCAGGGUAGUGAGGAAGACAAGUAAGGCCAGUGCAGAACAGCUAGCAGUGGCAGACAUGUUCAACCCAUGGAGGGUGGCUUUUCCUUCUUCAGGCUUUUUUGCUCUUGUCUCCCUGACUUACUUUUUAUGCUCCUGUCUUUUUCUUAGGCUUUUGGGGUUUUCAUAGCAUGCUGAAAUAAAGUAUUAAUGAAGUUUGAAGAACACUCACUGAAUGACAGAAUGUAGUUCAACCCAGUCCCCUUGUUAAAUGCUGAUCUCCACCUAGGCCUUGGGACUUGUAUACUUGUGCAGCAUUAGCUUCUAAAUAUCACUGAAAAACUGCCAUAACUGCUUAUUUUGUAAGUUUUGCAGGAAAACCAUAGCCUUAGAAAGCUGAAGGAUACCUAAACAAAGGUUUUUUUUUCUGAAUGUCAAUAUUUUCCAGUAAUGCACUAACCUCUCCAAUGCUCCCCUUAAGGAAGCAGUGGUCAGUGCCUAUGAAUUCACACAUGAAGAAAUGGUAAGGUGAUGACAUUAGAUCAGAAAAUUACACCCGACUUGACUGCAUAAGAGACAUUGUCAACUAUUUUACUGUUAACACUUGAAAUAAUAUAAUGUAUAUAAUGUCUUUUUGUUCUCUAAAAGAGGAAGCCAUAGAAGAAAUAUAAGGGAAAAUUAUCUGUUGACCAUGCUUAAAUAUUGUUAAUGAUAUUGUAUAUACUUAUCUAAGAUGUUAUACAUUGCACAUUAUGAAUUGAGCAGUAUGUUUAAGCAGUGUACUAUACUUUGUGGCAUGUCAGCUCAGUUUCAGGUCAAAAUAAAACUCCUGUCAGGAUGUGCUUCCAAAGUUGGGUUGGAGUUCAGAGAUAGCACAGUUUUCUUCUUUUUUCAGACCAGUUGUUGUUAAUGUUGAAGAGUGUUCUGAACUAUCUUGUUUCUCAUUGGCAAAGAAUGGAAACUAGUAGUAAUAAUAAUUGAUAAGAAAGAGAAAUAAAUAGUAACAGACAAGUAAAAAAGAAAGUGUGAUGACUCUGAACUUUCUCCCUAAGGAGUAAAAAAAGGAAAAAGAAAGAAGACUUAAGUGAGACUUCUGAUCACUCGAUAUCCUUGUCAUCACUUACUUCAGGAUACAUGUGUAUUGCAAAUCAAAUACAAGCACCCAGGCUGAGGUUUGGUGUGCACUGUGGCAUUAACCAGUGAGUAGUGUGUUAUUAAAGUAGAUAUGCACAGGUCUCUUUGGAAAGCUUGUGAGAACUAUAGCUGGGAAACUAUUUUCACUUUGAACAGAAACAAGGCAUUAUUUAUUUUUAUUUAUUUUAUGAUUAUUAUCUUUUUGUUUGAAGAUUUUUUUAUUCGUCAGAAUCUAAAUAUAUGCAUUUAAAUAUUAAAUUGAUUUAGAUUUAUGGAAAUGUCCAUAAAUGUGUUUUCUUCGGUGGGAAAGAAAUUUGUAUCAGAUUGUAACUGCACAGUGAAGCAAAGACAAGGUGUUAUGGAUCAAACUUUUUGUGUACAGAGACUCAGUUCCUCAGCAGCAGCCCUAGUAAUAAUACUUAACCAUAUCUGUACAGCUGCUUUGGUAAAGAGAUGGGAGAAGCCUCUUAGUUAUUACACAAAAAAAAAGAGAAAAAAAUGUAUACUGGCUAUAAUCUUGUGUGCGUAAAGUGCUUGCUCCAACUGUUGAUUCCAUUUGACGAGAGCAAUGAAAUUAUUCUUAGGAACCCCAAGCAGGUAGUCCACUUUUAUUUUGUGAUAAUAGUGCCAUCAGAUUUCUUGCUUAAAGAGUAGUUGUAGUUUGUAUGAAAAUUUUGAUAAAUGCAUAAGUUUAUAUUGCUAUAGUUUGGUUUAUAUAUGUUGUAGUGGAGAUGUUUUGCUAGUUUUUUUGUUACAUUUGAUAACAUAGUUAUAGAUUUUAUACUUGUUGAAUAUUCAUACUUUCCUUGUAUAUUAUGUUAGAACUUAAAAAUAUAUUGUUGAUACCCAAAAUAGGUCAUUAGAAAUGGGAUUACAAUUUCAAAAAAAAAAGAUAUAAAAUAAUGGUUUUGAUUCCAAGCAGAUGAAAUUGAUAUAAAGUGCUUUGUUUUACAUUAUAUUUUAUGACCAAGUUAUUGGUUCUGGAUGCUAUGCACAUGCUUUGAUAAGAAGGAAAUGGGCAAAUACCAUAUAGUUUUUUUUUACAACGAGAUUUUCUUUCUUUCUCUUUUUUUCUCAUUUUCUUUUUCUUUUUUUGGUGUUUGUUAUAAUCAGUAACAAAAGUUAAUGAUGUUGCAGUUUGGGAAGUAAGUGCUGUCUGUCCCGAUGUUUUUUCCAGACUAAACAAACAAUAAGGGAAUCAUAUUGCCUUGCGAGUUGACAGUUGCUUGGAACUUAUGCCAGCACCUUAAGGGAUGUAGCUUUGUGGUUUCCCAACCCCUGAAAAUGCACACACAUCCCUUAGUGUGAGGAAUGAGUUUUUUAGAGAUAUAAACAAAACGUAUUUUUGUAGUUGCCGCAGAUUGUUGGAACUUUUGUCUUAAUAGCCUUGAUGUUGUGUAUAAUCAGUAAACAGUAGUAGGCCAUAUAUCUUGGAGUGACUGGACAAAAUAGACAAAGAGAGAAAAAGAGAUAUACCCUAGGCAGCUAUAGGUACUUCCAAGUAGCAGUAGUGUCCAGCAGGCUUAAUGAUGAUGACAACAACAGUGCCACAGGGAAUCUGGGUUGUCAUUUUAUGAAACUUAUUCUGUUAUGCGUGUGACACACUCUGAUCACAGAUUUACUGUGAUUACAUAGAGAAAGAGUUGCUGAGUCAUUUGACCUCUUUUGAUCUUGCAAUUUUUUGGUACCAGUGAUUUUUAUACUGGGUAACCUUUAGCAAGUUUUAAAUCAAGAACAGUAUAAUUAAGACUACUGUUGCUACAAAGGCAUAAAUUUCAUAUCUGUUAUAAACAAUAAGGGACAUAUUGAUUAAAUAAGAAAAAAAAUAAUUUAACAAGGUAAAAGCUUGAAAAUCUUUUUUAAUAGCCCACUAAUAUGCGCUCUCUCCUGAAGGACAAAAACUGUAUGGAUUCAUAAGUAGUAAUUACUAUAGGCCAAAGAUUACUUAAUGUCUUGAAAUAAUUUUAUAGAUAUAUUUUGUUGAGUAGACAUCACAAUAUAUAUAUAUAUAUAUAUAUAUAUUUUGUUGAGUAGACAUCACAAUAUAUAUAUAUAUAUAUAUAUAUAUAUAUAUAUAUGCGAACACCAGUCAUAUGCAUUGACUGUCACAGUGCUCUUAUCUUCAAUAUUUAAAAUAGGUUAUCUUAAUUUGAUUCUUUUGUAUCUGUUAGGCAUGUGGAAAGAAAACUCCUUUGUUUUCCCUUUAAUAAUCAUUUAUAAUGAAAAAGCUUUUUUUUUUUUUUAUAUAGUCUUUAUUCAAUUUUAUUUUGUUUUUUGUCUGAUGCGUAAACUGAAUAUUUAUUGAUGUCAAACAAGACUAAUAAUUAUUAAAGUUAUAUUUGGAGGAAUAUUUUCUUUUUUUUCUUUAUUACUUUCCUUUUUGUGGCCUAUAAACAUUAUUAUUAGAUCAUUUAAUGACAAUAUGAUGGAACUUUCCUUCCCUUAGAGAUGUCAAACUUAUUUUGAACUUGAUCUUAUCAUCAGAGGUCCAAGACUAAGCUCUUACAGAAGUAGUAACAAAGUUUUCAAAGACUAUUCCAUGUUCAUGGAGGAAAGUGGAGUUCAUCAUUGAGAGGAGACUGAGUCCAGCAGGAGAAAUUUGUUCAAGCACACUGUAGCUUCUAUAACAUUCUCCCAAAAGCAGGGGCAUUUACCUUGCAUGUCUCAGACUAUUACUCAAAAGCUCUCUUAUAAAAAAAAAAAAAAAGUAACCUAGUAUGGCUAGAGAGUAGUACAAGGUAAAUAGUAGAUAAUUAAAACAAUAAUAAGAUAAAACUUAUCUGCAGCAUCAACUAAGAAUAGAUAGAAUGCCACUUGGUCUCUCCCUCCCUCCCACGUGUGUCUUUGGCCCGUGAUCUUGCACUAUGCGAUAAGAACCCUUAAUACUGCUACAGCUCAGAUAAUGAGUAUGGUGUUGCAGUUCCCCUUAUAUUUUGUCAUCAAAAGUAGCUUUUAUCUAUUUUAUUUUGAGGUUUUGUUUAUGAUUUGGCAAACUUAAUUUUAAUUUAUUUAUAUAGUUGCAGUUCUUUCUUGUUAAUAGUAUGGUUGUAAGAUCUACAGAUAUAAUAAUUACAAGUUUUUGUUUAGCCUCAGACUGUUACUUUAUAUUCUUUAUUUAUCAUUAAACUUUUUAUUACUACUAUUUAGUACAAUUAAUUUUUGAUGAUGCUUUACAUGUUCCAGGUGUACAGUAUAUAGGUUAUUAGAGUUGCUGUUAACAUGUUAAUGAUACUGUAUAAUAAAAAAUAUUAAAAAUGAAUAAACUGUUCACAACAAAAA